AUGACAGAUACAAGUAAAGAACAACCCAAGGCAACCACAACCAUUGAUGAGGACAUAGAAAAUCUAUCACAUGAAGACUUACUCGAAAUAACUUCAAGUAGCAUUAAGAGACUUAUCGCUUCAGAUCCGCUCUUCUCUGAUUUACCAGUCGAUGUUACCCCAGAAGAGGUACUAGCUCAGAUUGCAGUAAUUCAAGGACAAAGCAUCACAGUAACAGUUUUAAGGUAUUCUGAGAGCCCCUUAAGUGUUGUGAUCCCCCAACAAAAGACGACUGUGCUUGACCUAAAGAAAUCCAUUAAAAGACACUUCACAUUAAAGCAGCAACGGCAAAGAAGCAAAACGAAAAUCAGUUGGAAGUACGUGUGGAAAACUUAUUGGUUGCAAAACAUCGCGAACGGAAAGAUUCUGAAAAAUGAUGGAGAGCUCGUUAGUAAUUAUGGUAUAGUUAACAGGUAA